AUGACACGGAUGUGCCUGCUGUUUAGCUGGGCUUGGAUUCUUGCUAGCUACCACAUGUUCCAUCAAAUGGGAGGAAAUUUAUGUACUACUAGAAGAGAAAGAUCAACUUCUCAAGUUCAUCUAGGUCGCUGCCAUCUUCGUGGUCAUGUCGCCGUCGACUCGGUGCCUCGCCCCAAUGAUUUGCAAUGGGUCAAAGACGAUCUCGCCAUAAUCCAGUGGAUCUACACGCACGUCUCCACCGAGAUCUUCAACCUCGUCUUCCACAAUGCCGCCACCGCCUCGGCUCUUCGGUCCGCACUUCGGCUGCUCUUCCAGGACAACGUCGACGCUCGUGUCACCAGCCCCAACAACGAGCUCCGCAACACUGCCCAAGGUGAUGCCUCGAUCAGCAUGUACUGCCAUCGCCUCAACGCCAUCGCCGACGAGUUCCGCGAACUCGGCGAUCCCGUGAAAAAUCGCCAACUAAACAACAUCCCUGUCGCUGGCCUCAGCGAGUGCUUCAACAAGCAGGCGUCCUUCAUUCCCAUGAUGCGGCCUCGCCCCACGUUCGCCAAGGUCUGGUCCCUGCUUCAACACGCCGAUAGCACGCAUGCUCGCAAGGAGGCCCGCCCUUAG